CUUUCCAGUCAGUUAUCCAUUGCUUUGCAGAAUUGAAAGCCAUGGCUGGGAUUGCAGCUGGACGUUUAGCAGAAGAGCGUAAGGCAUGGCGCAAAGAUCAUCCUUUCGGGUUCAUAGCGAAACCCGUAAAGAACCCCGACGGAACCCUCAAUCUCUUCAACUGGGAAUGUGCCAUACCAGGCAAAAAGGACACGAUAUGGGAAGGCGGCUUGUACAAGAUCCGUAUGCUCUUCAAAGAUGACUUCCCUUCAACUCCACCUAAAUGUAAAUUUGAACCACCGUUAUUCCAUCCUAACGUCUACCCAUCAGGAACUGUGUGUUUAUCCUUGUUAGAUGAGAACAAAGACUGGAAACCGUCAAUCACAAUCAAGCAGCUGCUGAUAGGAAUUCAAGAUCUUCUAAAUAACCCGAAUCCCGAUGAUCCUGCGCAAGCUGAAGCUUAUCAAAUUUUUUGUCAAAACAGAGCGGAGUACGAGAAACGUGUUCGUCGAGAAGCAGCCAAGUUUUCAGCUGAAAUCGUUCAGAAGCAAAUGCUCGGUUAGAUUCCUCAUUUGAUACGGCAGAAUUUCCACUUUAUUCCAUUAUCACCCUUGUUUGUAUUGAAUGUGGAAGUUUACUGUAUUUCAUGUCAUCUCAUCUUUUUAAUGUUUCCUUUCGUCUUGAUCUAGUUAUUGUCAUCUGUUGUGUUGGAAUAGCUGUUUGAAACGAAUUUUGAUGGUUUUUUUAGCAUUGCAUUCUUUGAAAAGUAUUAUGCACGUUACCGCAUUAUUCAUCC